AUGGACGCGAGCGAAGCACAAGCAAAGGACCGUUUUGCUGCUCGAGUCGAAACUGGAGCUGGACGACGAAGAGGACGAAUGGGUUGGAUGGACGGAGAGGGAGGGGUCACGUCUGGCGUUACCCUCGGGAGAGUGGAUGGGCCUGCAGUUUGUAGUCAAUUGGAUACGGACGCUGAAGACAGGGAGCUGAGGGUGGCUCCCGACGAUGGACCUCAGGACCUCAUUCGAAAGUUCGGCAUGCUCGGCGUUGGAGCUCCACCACACCCGGCCACUCGUUCGCCUCACAUCCGCCCCGCAACCGCUCCAGAUGCUGGUCUAAUGGGACUGCAGCCGUGCCCGGCUCGAAACUCUCAACCAGGCCAAGGAAGUCUCUCCGUUAAGCACGGGGACCCGAUUGCGAUUGAGCCUCUGGCUCGCAGCAUACGCGCGGUUCCUAGCCCUGCCACCCGCUUGACCGCCAAGCGGGGCAGCCGCAUGCCCGUCCGAGGCAGAGUCCCUGUAGAGGAUCUGACCCCGGAAGAAGCUAGUCGCAUUAUACACUCACACCGCAAGGUCCGAUAUGGUGAGUGGUUCGAUUUCUCAUCUGCCGGUGGCCCGCCCAUGCGGCUCCCGCGUUGCACAAGCGGGACUCCUGCUGAUAAAGGGAACCCUACAGGGACCGCGUGCUGGCCUUGCCGCCAGCGGAAGGUCAAAUGCGACAAUCAACAGCCUUGCGAGAACUGUGUGAAGAGAGAGCACCCGCAGCUUUGCUCUUACAAGCCAAAUCGUUCCAAUGCCGCCAAGUCUGGUUCCAUCGAUGCUGGGUCUGUUCAGGGAAAGAAACGGCCCCAUUCCCCUGAUAGCAGCGUCGAUUAUGAUCAUGGAAACGACCACCAGCCGUCCGGCUGGCCGCGAGCACUAGACCAGUCAGAAUCUGGAGAGAUCCCUCGUUAUAUUGGGCAGAACAGUAUCCCCGCCAUUCUAAGAGAUCAGCCGUCCCCAAUCGAAGCCAAGAACGGCAUUGAUAUUCGGCGAGACAUGCGUCCAAUUUGGGGUUUGGACAACUCUGCCCCCUUUCCUCUCAUGUCUACACAUCACCUUGAUAAGAUGACUCGGGACAUCUCCGCUGAGCUGCCGUCGGACCGUGAAAUUUUAAAGCUUUUCAAAACCUACAAGGAGGUGCCACAUCCCUUCUGGGGAUUCGUCAUUGACGUAGAAGAUCUUGAGUCUCGACUGAUGAUCUAUCUUGAAGAACGAGCUAGGCACGCAAAAGACAAUACGCCCACUGCCCGGCCAGUGUCGGCAUCCUGGCUUGCUAUCCUGUUUGCUGUCCUGGCUGUUGGCUCUCAAUAUCACGAUUCACCUUACCAUAUCAGAACAAGGGAUUCGCAGAAGUACAUUCAAGUCUCCGUCCACUUCCUUCGGCUUGGCAAUUUCUUGCUUCGGCCUAAUCUUGACUCCAUCCAAGCCCUCUUGAUGACUAGUUUCGUUUUACUAAAUGACAUGAAAGCAGAAGGCUCGUGGGCCCUCCUCGCACUGACUUGUCGCCUGGCCCAAUCACUUGGACUUCAUCGCGGUUCUUCACAAGAGGUUAGCUCCACUGAGCUCUCUUUGAAGGACUAUGUUCGGAGAAAGCUCUGGUGGACGUGCCAGUGGCAUGACACACUUACCUCCCUGUCUUUUGACCGUCCAAACAUGACCAACAUUCCCUGCUGCCCGAUUCCGCUGUCUCCAAGUGCAACGGUUCAGGGCCUCUCUUAUCUUGAGGCCAUGUAUCACCUCUGCCAAUUAAUAUCAGAGAAGCUGAACCCAGAUGCCGUUGCUUCUGCAUCGUAUGACACGAUCGUAGACAACUGCUCACGCGCGCUUUCCCUUCGAGAGAAGGUGUACCCCCAGCUGCGAAACAAGGAAGCUUUGAAGACAGCUGUGGAUCGGCUACAACAUUACGCACUUCGACUGCACACAGCUUUCGUUGUCUCUGUCUGUUGUCGGCCAGCUCUACGGAGCGAUUGCAAUACUCUCACUGCAGGCGAAAAGAAGGCCUUAUCCGAUAAGUGCAAGAUCAAUCUUACCGAGACAGUCCGCAUGUUUCUGGCCAUGCACAACAUCUCUGUUAUCCCAACUCGUAGCUGGGCUUUCACUUACCACGGGCUGUCAUCAGCCGUCCUACUUGGCUUGCUCUGCGAGGCCAAGGCAGAUUCUGAAGUCCGCCGACUACAGGGUGACCUGAUAUACGCGCUUUCCGCAGCUGCUGCCAAAGAUAGGUCGAGUCCUCCACCAGGGCACAUAUUCGUGAGCGACAAAGACAUUGAGCUAUCUGGCCCUCUUUCGAGAGCUUUGACGGCUUUGAAGCAUAUCUAUGAUUACGGAUCAUUGAAUGGCCUUUCCGGUCUCAAAAGCGAAGUGCCAUCUGGUUCUAGGACUCCGACGGCAUCUGUUCAGGCUGCACCUCAGGCAAACGCUCAGCAGAGAAUGCAAUCCGCACUCGAUCCGCAUCAAGAUGCAGCUCUUGCCAUGACAGCACUCCAGAACGGCUCAAAUAUACCUGAUUUCUCAACGAAUUUACCUUAUCAAGCGUCCCUACAACAGCCAAUGAAUAUGCACGGGAUGCCUGAUAUGUCGCAAAUCGACCCUGCAACCUAUAUGUCGAACAUGUCUCCGAUGGACCUCUACGACUCGAUUUUCUGGGAAUCACCAGAUCCUUUCUACACGGGAACGGAUUUGAUGAAUUUUGAUAUUCUGGGGCAACCACCGCCAGAUCAACCUCAACAACAAUUUUAUCCACCUGGGUUUUGA